AUGUCUGGUGAGUUAGGGCAGCCGCAGGCCACCCCGUCACAUGCUGGGGUCGAUCUGCCGAACCCUGAGAGAAAUCGGGUCGGGGUCCCAGGAGGUGUGAUCCGAAGGGUCGGUACCCCCGGGCGCAGGUCCUGGAUCCAAAAGGUCCUUGAGCAAAUAACGGAUUCACCUCGCCAGUGGGUCACCCCGUCGAAGGUGGUGCCUGUCGUUGUUUUGGCUGUUCAGAGGUACCUAUUAGAGGAGGAGCCAAGCGGCAUGGGUCCUAAACCUCCGCUUUACUGCUAUGAUGUGACGAUCUCGGACGGGGUGUACCAGGAGAAGUGCUACCUGGACCCCAGCCUGAAUUCUCUCGUAUAUAAAAAUAUUCUCAGAGUUGGCAUAGAAAUGAGAAUUUCCAGAGUCUCGUGUAUUUACAACGAGAAAAGAGUAGGCCAGGGGAUCCUGUGCAUAGAUAACGUCCACUGUGGAGAGUCCUUGGACUCUAUUUCUGUAGAAACUCCCUUUAGAAAUAGUGCGCACCAGGAGAUCCCGGAGAGGCCUUUAAGGGGUGGAAAGAGUCAUUACCUGGCCCUGUGGAAUAACGAAGAUCCAUAUGGAGACAUCUGGAUAACCAACAAGGAACCUGAGGAACACAAUUUUAACGAUACCAAAAUAAUUUCACUUUCUAACCUUGAAAUGACCUGGUCUAGCAGAAGGAGUUUUCCUGCAUUGCUUGUGAGAAUCUUGCAGAAAUCAAAACUGCGAUACUAUGGAAAACCUGAUAGAAAGAUGAUUGAGCCAUACCAGACCUUUUUGGAAGUCGCUGACAGUUCAGGCACAGUGUCAGUGAUUUUGUGGAAUGCCCUGUGUCCUGAGUGGUAUAAAAGUUUGCAUGUUGGUUUAGUUCUUCUGCUUCAAGAUUAUUCUGUUAAAAAGAGUUAUUCAUUGAGGAUGCAGCCACUCCCUGUGGAUCCACAGAUCAAACUAAUUUCUACAAUGAAAAUCUCCCUGAAUGUUCGAGAUCCUCCAGCUAAUAUAAUUAUCAUUCCAGAAAAGCAGGUGAAACCAGAAUGGAGAUUGCCAAAAUUAAAUAACUGUUUUAUCACAAGAUCAGAACUGGAUACUUUGCCAGAAAAUCAUAUCUGUGAUGUUAUUGGCACCUUACUUUUUGUAGGAAGGGUCCAGCGGUCAAAAAAGAAGGAAAGCCGUGAAGAUUUUCGGUCGUAUCGCUGGAUUCACCUUGCUGAUGGGACUUCAGAACAACCAUUUAUAGUGGAACUGUUUUCAACAUCUCAGCCAGAAAUCUUUGAAAAUAUUUACCCAAUGACAUAUUUGGUGUGUACACAGUUGAAAGCUGUCAGAAAUAACGAACAAGUACCUAAACUGCUUUAUCUCACCACUACAAAUGAGAGUCGUGUGUUUAUUACUGGUAAUAGAGGCCAGCCGUAUACCAAUGACACCAAGGUAAAAAACUUUAUUCGGUGGAUUAAAACAAAGACCAGUGCUGGGGAAAUGAAGAAUACUGUUGUUGGUGGAUAUUACCCCUAUCCACCAGUGCCAGAGACAUUUUCGAAGUAUAGUAGUUCUGUUAAAGUUGAGUCACUCUUGACAGCUAUCAGUGAAGUGAAGAAGCAGAUUGAAGAUUUGCAGUAUAGGGAACAAAAGCGCAUUGCAAUUCAGGGAAUAAUUACUGUUAUAAAAUAUGUCCCCUGUGUCUGUGCACCUGAAAAUGCCUCAGCAUCCGAAGCACAAUGGAAUGCUAACCAACCCUCAGCAUCCCAAGCAGCUAGAAGAGAAGGUCAAAGUCAGGAAAGAGGUGGUAAACGUCGUCAAGAUAAUAAUCCUGUGAGUUCUCAGUGUUGUCAUUCCGCAUGUGCAAGUUUGAGCCCUACCAAGAAAAGAAUUCUGCAAGAGCCAUGUGGCAAACAAGUUCCUGUACCUCAGCCAGAAACUUCUGCACAAGCAAGAGGAAAUAAACGAAGCGUGCCAAGCACCUCCCAGCGUCGAGAAAGCACAAGCACUGGUAGCCUAGGGAAAGCCAGAAAAACUAUAAGCAAUAAAUGGGAAAGUCAGCUGUGGAGAGAGAAAAAGUUCGGCUUAAUAAGUCACCUACAUUACAGCCAUGUUUAUCCUGAAAGUAUUCCACGGAAAUUUGUUUUUGAGCACAGAAAUUUUCUUACUCAGCAAUAUAAUUCUCAGCCUUCAAAAUACAUACUACCAGAAGGAAGGCCCCCCAAACUUGAUGAUUUUAAGAGUGUCCAAAGCCUUGGACAUUUUGAAGUAACCAUCUUAGGUCUGAAUCAUGAGAUAGCAAUCGAUGUUGCAUUCUUCCCCAUGUAUUCUCCAGAAGAUGUCCAAACAUCUCAAAUAGACACAUUAUUAACCUGCAUGAAUUACAGCUGUGUGCAUCCACAGGAAUUAACUGGCAAUGACAAACUGCAAGUUACAAAAGCACUUACAGGUAAUAUUAUAAAAGCAGCAACUGAACUGGAUAGAGUGCAUAUCAUCGGUAUCUUGGAUAUCUGUAGUUUGGGUAACAAUAAGACAGAAGUCUAUUUGCACAAAAUUUAUAGACCAAAUAAAAAUUCUUAA